GCGCUGCGGGCUGCCGGCCUGCCCUGCCGUGCGGGAACCUGCCGGGCGUGCGGCUUCGGGACGGCCGGGAAAGGGGCGGCGCUGCGGGGCCGGGGCGGCCGCAGUCGGAGCGGCGCCGGCAGCUGUGUGCCCCCGGGAGCGGGAGGGACGGAGGGGCCGCGGGCCUGGACGGAGCCGUAAGGAAACCGGUAUGCGUCUUGAGAGCCAGCUCGAACGCGAGUCUGAAAAUACAGUGAAGCCUAAUAGUGCAGACAGAAGAGUCUUUAAGAAGCUGGACAAUCUGAAAUCCUAACCAUGUCUAUCACAGAUCACAGCCCCACCACGGGAGUGGUGACUGUUAUCGUUAUCUUGAUUGCAAUUGCAGCUCUUGGUGCCUUGAUACUGGGCUGCUGGUGUUACCUGCGGCUGCAGAGGAUCAGCCAGUCUGAAGAUGAGGAAAGCAUCGUGGGCGAAGGAGAAACCAAAGAGCCCUUUCUUCUGGUGCAGUACUCUGCUAAAGGACCUUGCGUAGAGAGGAAAGCGAAGCUAACUCCAAAUGGCACAGAAGUACAUAGCUAACUUGGAGCGACACACGGACUAUGGUUAUGAUGUGUAACCAGCAGAAGAAUCUCUGUACUGUGAAGAACUUGGCCACAUGCACACUACUUAUCAUAAAACACCUUGAUGAGACUUUAGGCAUUGUCUGCAACUGCACACACUGAGAAGUUGCUCUUUGUGUCAAUUGUAGAUCCUAUUUCCUCCAUGACAGGAGCUGACUCACCUGGCAUAAAGUCCAUUGCUGGCAAUGGAUGCAAAGAGUAUCUUGGUGCGAAGAGACCAGCAGCAUUUUUUUUGUUACUUGAAUGUUCAGCUGAGCCUAUUUUGAUGGAACUACUACUGUAAUGUGAACUACUUUACAACUGUGAACUGUAAACAGGCUGCUAGAAGUUUUCUGCUUUGCAUUCACAGCAUAUGAGAAUAGCAUGAUACAACUGUACAUAACAAGGGGACACCUGAACCACAGCUGUAGGCAGGAAUCCUCAUCUUCAAAACCAGAUGUGCGGUUAAAGCUUGCUUCUGCUAUUAACUUCUGAGUGCACAGCCAGAAGUUCAAAACCUCACUGGCUUACUAGACUGGUGUAGAAUACUUUCUUUAAAAAGGUGUAACCCUACAGUAAUACGUUGAGGGAAGAAACACAAGAAGGAGCUACAAGAAAGGAAAUAACUUCCUUUACUUGCAGCUAGGUUAUAGUCAAGCUUUUGGCUGUCAGAACAGACUUUGUUAACCAUACAGCAACUGCAAGGAAACUGCCAUUUUGAUGGAUUCUGACCUGGGAACUAAUGAUGGUUCCUGAACCCUUGGGGUGGUCCAGAAGGUUUCCAGGGGUGUGAAGUGGCAGUAGAGCAGGCUUUUUCUCUUCUGUGUAUCUGCAUGCUGAAACUGCACAAGUUUUUACUUAUUAAAACUAGCAGAAAAGCAACUAAUGAAUUUUUCCUAGAACAUCUGUGUAAUUAGCAGUUUGGGUAUAUGUAGUCAAGAUAUUAACAGCCUGUUGUAAAAAGGUAUUUUAGUCUAAAGACAGUCAGCUAUAGAAUUCACUUCAUGUAUCUUGUAAAUGACUUCAGGUUUAACUCCACAAGAUAUGUUUCAAUCUCUUCUAUGAGAAGUGAUGCUGACAGGGAGGAGAAAGAUUUCUGGUUUGUUUGCAGUCUUCAAGCUAACAACUGGGAAGUACUUCCAAGUAAGGAGAUCUCUUUUAUUUCCUGCUCUAUGCUACAGGUCAGCCAUUGAAACUGUAACGAGAUGUGUCAAAUAGGGGGUUCUAGACCUCACACACUUGGGGAAGGGACAGAGCUAAGGCAGCAAGGCCUGCUUGCCUACUCUAGAACCAUUAGGCUCUCUCAAGCAUCUUUGUGCCUAAUUUGAUUUUCAAACACUCAACUGCCUAGGAUAAAAAUGUGCUGUAACUAUUUGUUUUUUGAAAUAUACUACAAAUAAUGAAAUCCAGCUUUUUUUCAGCUCAUGAGGAAGUGGUUGCUUCUUGUCCCUGUACGUAUGAAAUAACUAAGUAACACAGGCUUAGUAAGCUCACUUGAGAGUUGUUAACUAUGUGCAAGAUAAUAAUGGCAUUGUCGUAGUUAAUAAAGUCUUGUCCCUUCCUUCUAGA